AUGGACAUACAAAACACGAUAAUUAGAUCAUUUCCCGACAAUCCUGAAGCCCGAAAGAAACAUCUUGAAGGAGCACAACACCAAUUGAAUGUAAAACACCAUUAUGAUGCGUACAAAGAUCCGGUUGAAUUACUCUUAGAGAAUGCAAGAAAACCUCCUUGUCGAAGAUUCCUUGAAACUGGUUUUUGUCCAUUUGGACUUAGCUGUAGAUACUCUCAUGUACCCCCUCAUAUCGACAUGUCAACCAUUGAUCCUCACUCCAGUACUCUAGUAUAUUUAUCGCAGAAUCAACAUCUACUCAACAAAAGGCUGAAUGAAUCAAACAGACCACCACCUCCUCCUCCCGUAAAGGUUACUCGAUAUAAACUUCCUCCAGGCUUACCAAAGGAUCUUCCACCAUCGCUUAGGCUGCCUCCACCGGGAGGCUAUGACUAUAGUAACGUAGCAGAAUGGUGA